GUUUUGAGGGAGCAUCUCCGAGUCUGCUUCUUCUUUCAACCCCUAAACAGAGAAACCUGGAUUACGAGGGUUUAAGGAAACCCCAACAAAAGGUUUAAGGAAACCCCGACAUUCAGCAAAACCUCUCUAGAAUUCCACCAUGCGAAAAGCUUCAGUCUCACUUCUUUCACACCUCUCUCGUCACAAACCCAAAUCCUUUGCCCCUCUUCUUUCAAGAAAUUACAUAUCCGGUCCUUCUUCUUCUUCCUCACCACUAGUCUCACCCACCCAUUUCAAGCCCAGCGCCAAGACCCAUGGCUUAUUAUUCAAGCCCAACCAAUUUAGGACAAACCCAAUUCGAAAUAUGGACACUCUUGUUGAGAAACCAAACCAGUUGUCCUCCAGGCAGAGAAAAAUCCAGGAAAAAACUGAGCUUGAAGAGGCUUUUGAGUCGGCAAAUACCACGGAGGAAAUGCUCAAGGCUUUUAAAGACAUGGAGUCAGCUUUUGAUGAGCGAGAGCUUGGGUUGGGUUCCUUGAAACUUGGCCUCAAACUUGACCAGGAAGGCGAGGAUCCUGAAAAGGUUCUAUCUUUUGCAAAUAGAGCUUUGAAAGCUUUUGAUAUAGACGAUCAACUGUCUUCUUUACCUCUUGCCAUGACUUUGCAAUUAAUGGGUUCUGCUAAUUAUGACUUGAAGAGGUUUGCUGAUAGUUUGGGGUACCUUAAUAGGGCUAAUAGGAUAUUAGGUAGGUUAGAGCUAGAGGGUUUUAGUGGUGAGGAUUUUAGGCCGGUGCUUCAUGCAGUGCAGCUUGAGUUGGCCAAUGCGAAGACGGCGAUUGGAAGGAGAGAGGAGGCUCUUGAGCAUCUUAGGAAGUGUUUGGAGAUUAAGGAGGUGAUGUUGGAGAAAGAUAGCAUGGAAUUGGGUAAAGCAAACCGGGAUUUGGCUGAAGCAUAUGUUGCAAUUUUAAACUUUAAGGAGGCGUUGUCAUACUGUUUGAAGGCAUUGGAGAUACAUAAGGAGCACUUGGGGCAGAAUUCGGUGGAGGUUGCAUAUGAUAGGAGGAUUCUUGGGGUUAUCUAUACUGGGUUAGAGGAGCAUGAGAAGGCGUUGGAGCAGAAUGAAUUGUCACGAAAGGUUUUGAAAAAUUGGGGUCGAAGUUCCGAUUUGCUCCGUGCGGAGAUUGAUGCUGCUAAUAUGCAGAUUGCACUGGGGAAGUAUGAAGCCGCUAUUAAUACUUUGAAGGGUGUUGUUCAGACGGCAGAUAAGGAUAGUAAGAUUCGGGCACUUGUGUUUAUCACAAUGGGGAAAGCCUUUUGUGAUCAAGAAAAAUUUGCAGAUUCAAAAAGGUGUUUGGAGAUUGCCUGUGGAAUUCUUGACAAGAAAGAGACGACCUCUCCAGUGGAAGUUGCUGAGGCAUACUCGGAGAUCUCAAUGCAAUACGAAAAUAUGAAUGAGUAUGAAACUGCAAUUUCAUUGUUAAAGAGAUCGGCAGCUUUGCUUCAGAAGCUCCCGCAAGAACAGGCCUCCGAAGGAAGUGUUACUGCAAGAAUAGGGUGGUUGCUUUUGUUGACAGGUAAGGUGGCAGAGGCUAUUCCUCACUUGGAGUCGGCAGCAUCAACUUUGAAAGAGUGCUUUGGUCCCAAGCAUUAUGGAGUUGGGUACAUCUACAACAAUUUGGGCGCAGCAUAUUUGGAGCUAGAUAGACCUCAGUCAGCUGCUCAGAUGUUUGCUGUUGCAAAGGACAUCAUGGAUGUAUCUCUUGGUCCUCAUCAUACAGAUUCAAUUGAGGCAUGUCAGAACCUUUCAAAAGCUUAUGAUACCAUGGGAAGCUAUGCUCUGGCAAUAGAAUUCCAGCAGCGAGUAAUUGAUGCUUGGGAAAGCCAUGGCUCAAGUGCCGAAGAUGAGCUCAGAGAAGCCCACCGGCUUCUCGAACAGCUAAAGAAAAAAGCCCGUGGUGCAUUGUCAAACGAGCUUCCCAUGAAGGCAUUGCCCUCGCCUCAUACUAAUGUCUCUUCCGGGAGCUCAUAACCUGAUAUUCUUGUUGGUCAAUAUCAAUCCAGCAAAGUUUAGAGAUUUCCUGCACAAACAGAUCUACUUCAUAGUCUAUCACACUGCUGCAUACAUUAUCACUGAAGUGGUGAGGGAGAUUUGUUGUUCUUUUGACUUAUUGAAAGUAUGUAAGUAACCUGUCAUUUAGGCCGCCUGAGUUUGAUUGUGGUGAACUUAUCAUUUGGAGUUUUCAAGAUGCCAAUGUGUUACUGAUUCUGUAGUGAUAAGUUUUGUGUAACAAAUUAUGAAGCCUUCUGUUUGUUUACAAUAACAGAUUUUGUUUUCAAUGAAAAGUUGUGAAAAUAUUUCAUUCUCAAUAAUCAAA